UUCAUCAGCUUCAUCACCAGCGAGGCAUGUGAGAAGUGCCAGAAAGAGAAGAGGAAGACCAUUAAUGGAGAUGAUUUGUUAUGGGCGAUGGCCACUUUAGGAUUUGAAGACUACAUAGAACCUCUUAAAGUGUACCUAGCAAGAUUCAGAGAGGGUGACACCAAAGGAUCUGCUAGAACUAGCGAUGGAUCUGUUAGACGAGAUCAAGUUGGUCUAGCGGGUCAAAAUACUCAGCUUGUUCAUCAGGGUUCACUGAAUUAUAUUAGUUCCCAGGUGCAGCAACAACAUUUGGUUAUUCCUUCAAUGCAAAGCCAUGAAUAGAUGCUUCAACGAAUCUCAAAUUUUCACUUGAAUGCUUGUGCACAUGAUGGCAUGGACGGAAAUAAUAAUUUCAUGGUUGUAAAUUUAGGUUCUUGUUUAGGGUAAAAAGGCACGGGCUUCAGAAUUUUGUUUAAAAAAUUAAAUGUUUAAAACUGUUAAUUUUAUAAAAUCAAUGUACUCAUUAUUUUUAAAACAUGACAAGCAAAACUUUUUUUU